AUGAUUCACAGAAGGAUAAAAGAAUGCGAAGUCCUGAGGCCUCCCACCACUGCACUCCGUACGCUCAGUCACGUCCUGCUGUUUGCAACCCCAUGGACUGUAGCCUGCCAGGCUUCUCUGUCCAUGGAAUCUUCCAGGAAAGAAUACUGGAGUGGGUUGCCAUUUCCUACUUCAGGGAAUCUUCCCAACCCAGGGGUUGAACCUGCAUCUUCUGUGUCUCCUGUGUGUGCAGGUGAAUUCUUUAGCAAUGACCCACCUGGGAAGCCCACCCCUGUAAGGCCUGUGAAUGUAGAGUUCAGUUUUUAA